AUGAGAGCAUUCAUUCUUCUUGGAUUCCUGUUACAAGUCUUAUUCGUAUUGGGUUAUCCCGAAUCCAUCGGGAGCUUAAAAAAACGUGACUUGAACGGUCCGCAAUCGAUACCUUCACAACAACUUUCGAAGCGCACUACGUCGCCGAGCAACCCGGUUGUUUGUCCUGGUCCAGACGGUCCGAGAAUUGAUAUGAACGAUUACUAUAAAAUGAUCACCGCGUUGGUCCAACGCAAGGUCAAAUGUGUUUACUACGCAAACAUGGGUAUGGCGGUCUUUGACCGCGAUGACAACCCGGCCACUUUUACGGACUCCGAUCCCUCAAUUGUUAGAGAAUGGUAUGGUGCUCAGCUCAGUGAGCAAUGUGAGACUCAGAGGCCGGUUAGGGUUCGAAGCAAGCUUCCACCAAUUCGCCCGGAUGACUCACUGAACAUCGGGACUGUGUUUUACAAAAUUUAUGCCCCUAGUGAGCAAGUCAUGAACUGUAACGAAGAGGAUGACGCUGCAAUACGUAGUUACUUGCUUUCGCAAUUCAUGACAUAA